AAUUACCUUUGUUCACCCUUUAAUCAUGCUUCCCUUCUUGUUUGACCAAGGGAUUACUGCUCGUGUUAUGGAGGACUACCAGGUCGGCAUUGAAGUUCCAAGAGAUGAAGAAGACGGGACGUUCACGAGUAACUCGGUGGCUCACUCUGUAAGGUUCGUGAUGCUUGAGAGUGAGGGGGGAAAGAAGGUUCGAGAGAAUGCCCGAAGGAUAAGUUUGAUCUUUGGAGAUACAAAGUCAAAUGACAAAUGCAUUGAAGAUCUAGUUGACUUUAUGGCAAAACAUACUAAGAACAAGAAUACAAAUCAUGUAAUAUUCUUGAGUUCGGUAAUGCUAUGUGUACUAAUUAUUAUAAUAAUUGUUAGUCUUCUAUAUAUUAAGUAACUUAGGAUCAUGUAUUGUUACCCCAAUGAUUGCCUUCAUAUACAUGGAAAAUAAGGUAACUUACCAUAUAUAUUACCCUAAUAAUUGCCUAUGUAUACAUUUAUUAUUAUUAUUAUUAUUAUUGUUAUUA